CUCUUCCGAAGUCUUUUCCUUGGCUUAGCCAACCGAAAUAACUAACCAUUUGUCUCUCCCUCUUUCUAUUCUCUGAUAACUAGCUAGUUCCCCUUGGGAAAAAAAAUACUAGUAAACAACCGAGCAUUAUGGGGGACAAAAGGGCAGCUCCAACGCCGGUGAAGCGCGUAGGGCGAUGGGUUCGGAGUCGAUCGGUGAGGGCGAAAGUAACCAUGGGCGUGGUUGCAACACUUGUGUUGCUGGUGUUGUUGAGAGCUUUUGUCAAGAAGCACUCUCACUUCUUUGUUGCUACUCAAGUUGCUCAUUCCGCUGGCCUCUUAAUCUUAAUCUACAAGCUGACCGUCACCAAAACUUGUUCUGGUCUGUCAUUGAAGACUCAGGAACUUACAGUAAUAUUCUUAAUCAUAAGAAUUAUAUGUCAUUUUACACUGAUACGAGAUAUACAUAUUGUACUUGAUUCUCUGACCCUUGGAUCUACUCUAUGGGUCAUCUAUAUGAUACGGUUCAAGUUAAAGAGCACCUACAUGAAACCUCUUGACAACAUGCCUUGGUAUUAUGUGUUGGUGCCCUGUGCCAUUGUUGCAAUCGUCGGCCACCCUGCAUGGCAAAUCAACUUUUUCAGGAACCAUUUUCAAUUUAUCAGGAAAUUUUUCUUUGUGUAUAGUUUAACAAUUGAAGCCGUUUCCGUCCUUCCUCAACUUCGUUUAAUACAAAAUGCUAAGAUGGUUGAGCCAUUUACUGGCCUUUAUGUCUUUGCCUUGGGUGUUGCAAGACUCUUCUCGUUCGCAAAUUGGAUUAAUCUGCUUAUUAGAAGCGGUGGAGCAUACCUUACACAGAUAGGGCAAGGACAUCUUUAUAUAAUCGUGGCUCCUCUCGCCGAGCUGGUUCAAACUUUUAUCUUAGUAGAUUUUUGUUACUACUACGUCAAGAGGUAUGAGUAA